AUGAAUUUGUUUUAUAUUGACGGGCUCACUACCUAUGCAAUUGAGCUUUUGGGUGGUCAAGUUGGCUCAAACACGUAUGGUGGAUCCCAUCUUGCCAACAAGUGGAAUCAAAAGCAUGUUGGGCUCUUCCAAGCAUUUAUUGUAAAUCUCGGUGAUAUGCUGGAGCGCUGGAGUAACUCUAUGUUCAGGUCGACAUUGCAUCGAGUUUUGGGGAAUGGUCAAGAGAGAUAUUCUAUUGCAUUCUUUGUGGAGCCUAAUCACGAUUGCCUUGUUGAAUGCUUGCCAACAUGCCAGUCACCGGAGAACCCUCCCAAUGGUUCAUCAAGAUUAUCACCUAUUGUGAUUGAUGAGUAUAGCAAUUGCGCAAGAGUACUUGAGGCUCGACCAAUAGCCCUUGGACCAUGGGAUGGCCCAUAA